UUUAUCAGUGAGACAGCGCCCCUGCUCGAGCGCGGUAGUGACCAUCUCUCACCGUUCCUCACUUGCUGUUUGUACACAGUGAGAUUCGCCUGAUUCAGGAGUCGCACGGAUCCUCUCCAUCACCGCCCCGCGUACCACUGCGGUAAAGAGGAGAGCGGAGCCUGGGCGCACCGUGUCAACUUCCAGUGCUCAAGGCACCAUCUGUGUCACUGGAGGAAGGAAGGCGAGAAAAGUCAAAGGAUUAAACGUCAGCACUUCGGGAGAUAAUCACAAAUCACCGUUCCUUUAGCUUGAGGUGGGAGGAAGUUUGCCGUUGCUUCGCGUACUGGUAACCUUGGCACUCCAGCCCGCAACAACUGCGAGGAUGGGACCGUUUUUCGUUUCCAUCGCUCUGUUCCUGAGUGUCGCUGUCCCGACUACAGCUAUAGGAGAGUCGUGCGAACCAAACCCAUGUGCAAAUGGGGGAACCUGUCUUACAGCCCUCAGCAAUGAGGCCUACACAUGCGAGUGUCGCACCGGCUUCACGGGCCCCACGUGUGCUAGUAAUAUGGAGGUUGCGGCAGAUGGCGAGGACCCAACUCAAGCAGGACCAUGCCACCCAAACCCAUGCCACAAUGGAGGGAUGUGUGAAGUCAGUGAGACCUUCCGAGGAGACACCUUCAUAGGAUACAUCUGCAAGUGUCCUCACGGCUUCAAUGGAGCACACUGCCAGCACAAUGUUAAUGAAUGUGAACGGGACCCAUGCAAGAACGGGGGCAUCUGCACGGAUAUGGUUGCCAACUACUCGUGCGAGUGCCCAGGAGAGUACAUGGGCAGGAACUGCCAAUACAAGUGCUCCGGUCCACUGGGCAUGGAGGGUGGCAUCAUCUCCAACCAGCAGAUCACCGCCUCCUCCACGCACCGCGCCCUCUUCGGGCUGCAGAAGUGGUACCCCUACUUCGCCCGCCUCAACAAGAAGGGCCUGGUGAACGCCUGGACCGCCGCUGAGAACGACAGAUGGCCGUGGAUCCAGAUAAACCUGCAGAGGAGGAUGCGGGUCACGGGUCUGAUAACGCAGGGGGCCAAGCGCAUCGGGAGCCCCGAGUACGUCAAGUCAUACAAAGUGGCCUCCAGCAACGACGGCAAGACCUGGAGGACAUACAAAGUCAAGGGCACAGACGAGGAUAUGAUUUUCCGUGGGAACGUGGAUAACAACACGCCCUACGCCAACUCUUUCACCCCACCGAUCGAGGCCCAGUUCAUCCGCAUCUACCCGCAAGUAUGCAGGAGACAUUGCACCCUGCGCAUGGAGCUCCUGGGCUGCGAACUCUCAGGAUGCUCAGAGCCACUGGGCAUGAAGUCGGGCCACAUCCAGGACUACCAGGUCUCAGCCUCCAGUGUCUUCAGGACGCUCAACAUGGACAUGUUCAGCUGGGAGUCAGGCAAGGCGCGUCUGGACAAGCAGGGCAAGGUCAACGCCUGGACCUCCGGACACAGCGACCAGUCCCAGUGGCUGCAGGUUGACAUGCUGGUUCCUACCAAGAUCACCGGCAUCAUCACCCAGGGAGCAAAGGACUUCGGCCACGUUCAAUUCGUGGGCUCCUACAAAGUGGCGUACAGCAACGACGGCGAGAGGUGGCUCAUAUACCAAGACGAGAAACAGAGGAAGGACAAGGUGUUUCAGGGCAACUUUGACAAUGACACACACAGAAAGAACGUGAUAGACCCCCCGAUUUACGCCCGCUAUGUGCGAGUGCUCCCGUGGUCGUGGUAUGGGCGGAUCACCUUACGCGUGGAGCUCCUGGGAUGCACAGUGGAGGAAUGAACUCUUAAAAAGGCCAUUUCUGACCCUUUCCCCAAUGUGUGCAGGAGUUGGUUACCCACAGGCAACAAAAUAAACUGUGUCCAAGAUGUAUAAAGAAAAAAAACCUGUUUCAAAUGGAUUUUUCAAGAAUUGUUUUUUGGACUGUGGUCGGUCAGAGUUUUGAUUUUGUACAGUACUUACAAAACACCUUCCCGUAAACAAUGUCUGUCCUCUUGUUUCUUUCUCGUCUUUUUAUUCAGAAUUUCAAUGUUUCCAUCAAUUCAGAGGGAUCAUUUGUGUUUUUUUUUUUUGAAAGAGCCAAACUGGCUUAAGAAAUGGUUAAUUGGUGGGGGGGAGGAAUAAGCAUAUUACUCUGGGGAAGGUUUAAACUACUGUACAGUGUCACUUUUACACAAAGACCUAAAACCCUGUAUAACAUUAUGCACAUUUCAUGAUAAACCGUAUUGUAGCUCAUAACAAAAAUAACAUAUCACUAAUAUUGCUGAACGAAAAAAAACAUUUCUACUUUUACGUCAAUAAUUCCCCCCAAUCCAGACUAAUAUGGUCAAUGAAAAUGUCCUAACAGUGUGCAGGAAAAUGAUAUCAAAGCUGUUGUAUUGUAUAUGAAACAUUAAAUGAUUGCAUGGCACAUAGAUAAUAUUUAUUGUAUAUGAAUACAAUUCAGUUCGAUUUCAUCCAAAACCAUGUCAUUUUAAGGAUAUAUUUUUGUGAUUCUUCUCAUAGUUACGAGCUGCAAAACUAUUUAAGUACAGUGAAUUGCUUGUCGAAUGCAAUUCAAGCUAAAAAAUAAAUAUAAAUGAAUGAAUAAAUAAAAGAGAUGCAAAAAAAAAAGUGGCACAGCAGUAGGCUACUGGAUACGGAAGGUUGGAGGGUUAGGUCAAAAUCGAAUGCGUGUGCUAAUGAGUUGUCAUUUUCACAUUUAUGUUUUUAAUAAUUUAUUGUACACAACAUGCCAUGUCAUUAUGUCUCUAUGUAUGUGUUGCAAUAUCUGUCCUGUUCCUACUUGCAAAUGUUCUUUUGCCACUUUGCUUGACUGAAGGCAUCUCCUUCUGUGUGUUUAUGUCAAUGGUUUUAAGAUUGUCUUGAGAUUUUUUUUAACAAUUAGAAAACCUCAGGAUAGAAGAAGCUUUUUGUUUUGACAUGUUUGGUUGUUUUCUUUCUUUCUGUCUUUCUUUUUUGGUCAGCACACUGUCCAGAAAUCAUCCAAAAUGUUAAAAUACGAAUCAGGAACAAUCUCUCAUGUAUUACAGAGCAAUCAUAUGUGACUGAUUUAACUAAACUUACUAUUGUAAAGAUG